CGCAUCCUGGCGUGCCUGAUCACGUUCAAACGCGCCUGUACGUCUGGGGCACGGAGGAGUCCGAAGGAGACCGAUUCCGCAUUGUGACGCACGCGGCUCUCGAGGAUAUUUACGGCUUUGUUCUCGACACACGGGGAACGCGUGGAACGCGGCGAGCUUGCACAACGGUGACCAUGGCCAAGCAUUUCGCGACGUUGCUGUGGGUGUCGGCGGCGUUGACCGCGACCCUGGCGUUGCCGACCAGCGACAAGGCCGGCGGGAGUGAGAACGACCUGAUGGCGAGCAUAUACGCCGACUGUCUGAAGAAGGAGUCCAUCAGCUGCAUCAAGUACAAAGUAUUCACCUACGUUGACAAGAUGCUGGCCGACAAAGAGGACAUCACGCUCUCCGAGGGCAUCACCGUCGUGAAGACGUCCAACGCCGAGGGCGAGGGUGCGCCAAGAUCCAUCGAAUCCAACGAUUUCGAUACACUCUUGUUCGACCGACUCGGAAGGUUCCUGAGGACGCACUCGGUUAAAGUCGAUCUCAAGGGCAGCGAUAUCUUGGGAGCGAUCGAAUCCGUCGGGCGCAGUUUCGAGGACUUCAGCGAUAACGCUGUUGAGAGUCGUGGAAAGAAAAAGAAGGCACAAAAGAUCUUGGGGCCCUUGAUGAUGGCCAUGGCCCUAAAGGCGGCCGCUUUGUUGCCGCUGGCGCUCGGCGCGAUCGCUCUAAUAGCCGGCAAGGCCUUGCUCGUUGGCAAGAUCGCCCUCGUAAUCUCGGCUAUCAUCGGACUGAAGAAGCUCCUUUCUCAUCAAAAGCACGUGACCUAUGAGGUGGUCUCGCAUCCGCAUCACAGCAGUAGCCACGUCGUCAGCCACGACGACGGUGGCCACGGCGGCGGCUUCGGCGGUGGCGACUUCGGCGGCGGCGGCGGCGGCGGCGGCUACGGCAGUAGCGGACACGGAUGGGCCAGAAGUUUACCGCAAGACGCCCAUGAGAUCGCCUAUCGCGCCCACCAACCCCAAACACAAGCUUAAUCGUACCAUAGAAAGUCUUCAUCUCGUCUCUCACUCGUUUUUCCGUUUCCCUCCGACUAUUCUCUUCCCUUUCGUUCUGCUCGCGCCUAUUUCACUUAUUGCAUUCUUCGUUAUCUCUUUCCUUUUUCCUUUCUUGCCUACGCUACUAUUAUGCGCCAUGUUUUAUCUUUUACUUUAAAGAAAAGUGCUAAUACCUGCAGCUUCUAUUAAUCCGCGCCAUAUUGACAUUUCAGUGACUUGAAAAUUUUUAAGCUCAAAAUCUUUUUCUCCAAUUUUUCUACUCUUUUUUUCUUACGCUCGUAUAAUCUCCCGCUUUUCAAUCUUUCCCUUCUUUAUCUUUAACUUUACUUACAUUACUCUUACACAGCGGUCGAUUUAUCCCACGGCCAGUCAUCAGUACCUCUGGGAAAUGCUCAUUGUUUUAUACAUGUAGAUUUAAGCAAACAUGUUAUUUAUAUUCGUUGUAUCUUACAUUAUUAAUAUUUAUUUGAUGUUUGACUGUGUGCUUCCAUUAUGACAUCUCCUGUUUUUUUUUUUUCUAAUAAAAAGACAACAUAU